UUGUCAAGUGAUCAAGUCAAGUUAAAUAAACAAAGUCAAUUUGUCAAAGACGUUUGUGAUUGUAAUUGUAAUAAAACUGGAAAUAAAUAACACAAAAUCAGUUUAAUAUCACACUACGAAACUAGUUUUGCUAUUUAUUUAUUAAAGAAUUAUUUAUACAUUGAAUAAUGAUGCAAGACAAUAUGAAAAACCGUGAAAUUGCUAAUAUAGACAUGACGAAGAUAGCUGCAUUACAACAGAAGCGAACAUUGGCAUUUGUGAAUCAUUUUGUAUUUACUACUGUUCAGUUUUUGAAUAACUUUGCAAAGAAAUGUGAACAGAAACUAAUGCACUUUGAGAGGAAGUUGGAGAAAAUUAAUGCAACUAUGGUGUUGUUGGAAGCUAGAUUGUCUUCAAUACCUGAAGUAAAUACUCCACAAAAGGUUCCUAAGCCAGAAGAGAGUAUAAAUGAACAAGAAAAUAACCAAAAAGUGACUGUUAGUGAACAGAAUGAUGAGUCUCAAGUAAAUGAUAAUCAACUUGAAACAACAACUGAAUCUUCUACAGUGAAAUCUGAAUAUGACAGAUUUUUGAAAAUGGUCCAAGUGGGGGUACCAAUAGAUGCUGUGAAAUUAAAGAUUGCACUAGAGGGACUGGAUCCAAAUGAAUUUGACAAUAUUAUGAGAAAAUGAUAUGUGUAGCACAUUUUUAUAUACCAAGCUUUGCCUCCCAAAGUAAUAUAAAUUGUAGAGAUGCACCAACUAGUCGGCCAUGCAAAUAGCAGCUUCGAGGAUUUCUAGUUUAGGUAUAGCUGAUUCAAGCUCAAGUCGCCUGCGAGUAUGUUUUUUUAAAUUUUUAUUUGCACAUAUUGGAUCCCGAGCAAGCAAAGGAUUAUAAGAUUCAAAAAAAAGAAAUAAAUAAUAACUAUCUAGAUAUUAUUUAUUCUAUAUAUUUUACUGACCAAGUACCAACGUUAACUCAUAACUUUCAUAUUUAGUUACAUUUGCUUGCUGAUAUGGCCAAGCAAAAUUAACUUUCCCGAGCAAGUGAAAUGAAAAAUAUAUAUUUUUGUACAGAAGUGAAAGAGUUAAACUAAAACUUAAUCAUGACAAAAAGAAAAUCUUUAGUCAAGGAUGUUUUUUUCACACAUAUUAUUGAGAAAUCACUUGUACUGAAUUGUAAAUCUAUGAGAAAUACAUAUAAAAUAAUAAGUGGACUAGUCACCAAAAAUGAUAGUUGCAGUUUAGUAGGCUUUACCGACUAGUCAGUGCAUCUCUAAUAAAUUGUUAUUAUAAUAUAUUAAAUAUUAUUUAUUUAUGUGUUUAAAAACAUGAUGGACUAAAGUACAAUGCUUAAGCUGUUAUAUUAUAAUAUAAAAUUAUUUUUUUAAUAAACUACUUGUACGCAA